UGCAACCAGUGUUCAAUACGACAAGACCUUCCUCGACGAGAGCAAAGCUAGGGAACAGAACAGUACCUCCUUCAUCGACGUGAGCAGGCGUCGGAGUCAACCCAUCGAAGACCACGUGGCCGAAUUUUUUGGUCCUGGGUCCUUAGCAUUAGACCGAGCGAUAAGGCAGCUGCAAGAGUGGGGAUUUUUGGGUUAUCAAGGAUCACUCCCCUUAAGGGUUGCAAGUUGGCCUCUCUCUGCGCAUAUGUUUGACCUUUUGAAGCAGGAAAGUCAAAGAUGUGUGAGAUAGAGCGGCCAACUUUCACUCCCUAAUUUCCAGCCUUGACGAGACGGCGGCGACGAAUUCACAAGACAACACCGGUCUAGAAGAAGACAGCGUUUGCCUUGAGUUUGUGCCGCAUGAGGUUCGGCUUGGCCUGGGUGCGCUUGCCGAGUAUCUAAAAAUUGACCCGAUAUCAGAGGACUUUCAAGUCGGUGAGUACGAUGCUCUUUCCGAGAACCUAAAGAUUAGACCGGUACCAGAGAAUUUUCAAGCCAAUGAGUAUACCAGUUAUGGCUCUCCAGCGUAGAUCUACUAUGCAAUUUGUUGUUCUAUCCGAGAAAUAUUGUCUCCGUAAAUGUAGUCAACUUGUGCUAUCCAAGAAAAGAUGUCUCUUAGACAUGUUGAUGCUGAGAUCUAAUAAUGUCUCAUAGAUUGAGGUUAUGCUGAACCAUGACAGAGACACAGAUAAAACAACUUCGAUACUAGACUAAGUGCUACUAGAGACGCCAUUAUGAUGUCUCUGUGGCUCUUUUCUCUUGUUCUACAUCUCGGGCUCGUCGUUGCACCUUUGUUCUACAUCUUUUUUCUUCUCAGGAUCUAAGCGGAGUUGUCAGCCUUUUAACUGAUAACGACGUGCUUAUAACGCUCUUCCUCUUAGGAUGUUCUUGGAUGAAGGUGAAGAACUUAGUCUAAUACAUACGAUAAAAAAAAUGAUAUAGUUUGAGAGGACUAUUGUCAUUGGUCCAUUGGACAGAGUCAUAGCUUGAUGACUCGGAUUUUCAACGACUCUCCUAAUUUAAGUGGCACGCUCCUCUGCUAUCGCGCGGGCCUUUGGGGUUACUAAAAAUUACUUUCUCAAAGCUGGAGAACGAGAUUGUUGGUAAUCGCCCUGAAGGUGAAGCGCCCGCGCCGGACGGUGAUAAACUUAACGCGGACACGUUUUGCUAUUAUUAAGGCAGCUACUGCUACUUAUUGUUUCAUUCUUGAUACUUCAAAUUUUCAUGCAUCAUACUUCUGUUAUUCGGUGCUCCACCACAAUCAUACUUCUGACUGUUAUUAAGAUUAUAGUUCUCUCUGGCACUUAUCUCACGCUUAACACGUUAUAAGGCAGCUACUUUUUAAGCUUCUUUGUCAGUCAGCUUUGUUGAUUGUUUAUCUUCUUCAGGUGUUUGACUGCUGCAUGACGAUCAUUACGAUCCCUGGGGGGUUCAGUAUCUAUAAUAACUCAUCAUAGUUUAAUAUUAAUGUAUGUAGUUUUGUCCUUAACUGCUCGAUUUUUUUUGGAGUUCUUUGUCGGUUUUUUUUUUGCUGGGCAUUCCACUUUGUCUGAAAAAUUCAUCUCUGACUUCGGACAUCUGACGGGGGAGACGAUCAGGCGAUAAUAGGAACAGGCGACACAUGACAUGAUGCGAUAAGAUGAAGCCAUGGUGACCUCCAAUAUAGAUCAUUGGAUGAAAGAAGCAUGAGGAGCGACUUCGUCUAAUGUUGCCGGUGGGCACUAAAUGCUAUGGAAAUAAUCCUUCGCGGGUGUGUGGCUGCUCGACUGGCGUAUAUGUCCCGGGUGGCCCACGAUUUAGGGAUCGGAUUGCAGGGCGCGUUGGGAUUCGGGUCGUUGAAGAAGCCGGCGGAUGGAGAUUCGGACGCUAUGGUCAACAUUUGGUAUCCAAACUUCUUGUGUCCAUCUGUUUUUGCCUCAACAUUUAGUAUCCAAAGCGCAGCACUAGAAUCUCUUCGGUACCCCCCACUUAGUUCCCAAAAGCAUCUAAAACUAAAUCUAAAACCAUUAGAAUCUAAAUCUAGAUCCCUCAGUAUAGUCUUUUCGGUACCCCUUUGCUCCCAUAGAAGAAUACAAGGGGAAAGGGAGAGCUGGAGGGAUGGGGGGCGAGAUGAAUAGAGUCUGACUCUAAGAAUGGACAGGCCACGCAUGACAGAGAUUUGGAGCUGUAUAUGAAUAUGGUCACCAGGGGUCCAGACGACGACGAAGAGUUAAGGUCUUUACAGUUUUCUCGACGUUUGACGCUGAUGUACUUAUCAUGAUGUGCAACAUGUAGUUGAUCUUCUUGUUCUCGAGUGCUCGGUACUUAUAGUACUUUCCGUAUAAAGAAGAUUAUAGUUGGUGGGAAUACGACUUGGCCGCCAGCAGGUAGGUGGAGGCAUGAGAAACAUCUGCUCUACUAUGACAAUUUUUAGGCAUACAAUGGCACAUGUCAGGACACUGGGAGGGCGAAAGGAUGCAGCUGAGAACCUUUUUUUUCGCAGGCUGUAUCCGAUCUUGACGAGUAAACUUUUUCCCUAAACCCCUUUUUGGAGGUUCUAAGAGAGGCGAAAAAGGUGGCUGAAUUCUGGUCGCGUUACUAUCAUUAA